AUGGCAACCACAACACCCUCUUGGGAGCCGGCGCUUGCCGCCAUGGAGGACGCUGUCACAACUCUCGAGGAGCGCAUGGAUGCGUUGGCACAACGCUCACCAGCCGAGCUUCGUGAAAAGCUAUCUCCUUUGGACCAGUGCAAGCUGGACCUUCUGCUGGCCUACAACGCUAAUUCUCUCUUCUGGAUGUUUUUAAGUUCUCGUGGCGUUGACCCUGCCAAGCAUCCGGUGCGGGCUGAACUGGGUCGGGUCAGGGACUACAUGAUGAAAAUCAAGGGUCUUGAGCGCGAUCCAAGUGCUGCACGUUCGAAUUUGAACAAGGAGGCUGCUGAGCGCUUCGUCCGCCACGCUUUGGACGACGGCAACGAUCAAGCGAAUGACGGGUCUCCUAGCACCAAGAAGUCUCGUACCGCGACCAACGCAACAACUCCUGAUAGUGAUCGCAAGAAGGCCAAGAAGGACAAGAAGGACAAGCGCGAGAAAAAGGACAAGCGUGACAAGCGCAAAUCCAAAUGAGACAGUGUACAUUUUCUUGUGUUUGUGCUUGUCUUUCCUCGUCCUCGUCAUGCUUACCAAAAACAUGCCGUUUCUUGUUUAUACUUCCUGACUCGCCGUGCGAGACCCCCCCCCCUUUUUUUGCUGUAGCUGUGCUACUGAUUGUGCAAGCUGGGUUCUGUGAACCAAAUUGUUGUGUUUGUUCUUGCACUGUAUCAUACUGGUGACUGUGGCAACCUCGCGUUGCCAUGACGGCUCUGUUUUUGAUCUUUUGAAUCGAUUCUGCGAAUCUUC